CUUUGUUUGUUUGAUCUUGAAACCCUUUCGAUCUUCUAUCUCUCUAUUGAUUCUCAGUUACGUCCCUGCAUUUUACGAUCCAUCAUGAAUCACUUUCCUGGAACCUGGGGUCGGCCUAGGGAUGAUAUCUACGGACCUUACGAUCAUUCUUACCUUCAUUCUACCGGACCAAAAGCUCACACUCAGUCGCCAGCUGUGACGGGCACAUCGGUUAUCGCUGUCAAGUUCAACGGAGGAGUUGCAAUUGCUGCUGAUAACUUGGCCUCGUACGGAUCUCUUGCCCGUUUCACCGAUGUCAAACGUCUCCGAGUGUUUGGCGACUCCGCCAUAGUUGGAUUCAGUGGUGAUGUGUCGGACAUGCAAUAUAUCGACCGCCUUUUGGAGUCCAUCGACAUCAGAGAGAACUACUCGCAACACGGCAACAUGCUCAACGCGAAAAACCUUCACACCUACCUGUCUAAGGUCUUCUACAAGCGUCGCUCCGAGUUCAACCCUCUCUGGAAUCACAUCCUCGUUGCAGGCUUUGAUGGAGACAAUAAGCCUUUCCUGAGCUCCGCCGAUCUGCUUGGAACCACAUUCUCUGCUCCUCAUCUUGCGACCGGUUUCGGUGCUCAUCUUGCCGUCCCCAUUCUGCGCCGACUAUUCCCGGAGGAGCGGCCAGUUGAAGAAAUCACUAAGGAAGACGCAGUGGCAGCUCUGAAGGACUGUCUCAAGGUUCUCUGGUACCGCGAUGCACGAAGUCUUGACAAGUAUUCUCUGGCUAUCAUUACUCCGGAAGGAAUCGAGAUGCGUGAAGAUCAGCAGAUCGAGGCCCAGAGCUGGGCGUUUGCUGAAACGAUCAAAGGAUACGGAGCUCAGGUUAACUAGGAUGUUAUUUAGUUUUUACGGGUAUUGAAAUAAUAGAACACAGUUCGCAGAUUUCUUAA